CAGGGGUGGGGGUUCUGGGCAAUCUUCUUGAGUGCCUCACUGGAAAGCCGCGAGCAGAGGAGUGUGGUUUGGCUUGGCGUGCGGUACCGCGGGAAUCUGUCAAGAGCAGGAUGGCGGCUUCAGGAGAGGCGCGCCGGGUGCUGGUGUACGGCGGCAGGGGCGCCCUGGGCUCGCGCUGCGUACAGGCCUUCCGGGCCCGCAACUGGUGGGUGGCCAGCAUCGAUGUGGUGGAGAACGAAGAGGCCAGUGCCAGCGUGGUUGUCAGGAUGACAGAUUCAUUCACGGAACAGGCUGACCAGGUCACUGCUGAGGUUGAAAAGCUCCUAGGUGACCAGAAGGUGGAUGCGAUUCUCUGUGUGGCUGGAGGAUGGGCUGGGGGCAGUGCCAAAUCCAAGUCACUCUUUAAAAACUGUGACCUGAUGUGGAAGCAGAGUAUGUGGACGUCCACUAUCUCCAGCCACUUGGCCACAAAGCAUCUGAAGGAAGGGGGGCUCCUGACCCUGGCAGGGGCCAAAGCUGCCUUGGAUGGAACUCCUGGGAUGAUUGGCUACGGCAUGGCCAAAGGAGCCGUCCAUCAGCUCUGCCAGAGCCUGGCAGGGAAGAACAGUGGCAUGCCACCGGGGGCUGCAGCCAUUGCCGUGCUCCCCGUUACCCUGGAUACUCCGAUGAACAGGAAAUCGAUGCCCGAGGCUGACUUCAGCUCCUGGACACCCUUAGAGUUCCUGGUGGAAACCUUCCAUGACUGGAUCACUGGGAACAAACGGCCAAACUCAGGAAGCCUAAUCCAGGUGGUAACCACAGAUGGGAAGACAGAGCUUACUCCAGCAUACUUCUAAGCUGCAUCUCAGUGCCUGGGAGAGUCCUCUCAAAACAUCACGAACCUGCCUGUGUCGCUGCACCUGGCCCCGUGUUUUCUGUACUCCUGUUUGUGGUGUGAGAUAACCAGUCCUGUUUGUCUCUUCCAUAGCAUUCCUUUGUUGUCCUGGGAGCGGAUGGUAGGUUUAUGGGAAAUGAGCAGAGCCUGUAGGUAGCACCAUCAGUGCUGAGGGCCCAGGAGGUCUGUGGGUGGGCCUGCAUCACCGCAACAUCUUUGGAGACCUGUUUGACAGUCCUUUCAUUUUUUUGACAUUUGGGGCACUUUGAAAUCCGACUUGUUUAUAAUUCCACGUUGGUGCCAUAGAUGCCAUUUUUGUGUCAAACUGCUGAAAAUUAACUGCCUUGAAAAUUCUUUGGUGAUGUAAGCAAGCAAAACCUAAUGUACUCUUAUGAUAUUCUUAUAUUUCCAGCCUACACUGAGUGUUUGUGAGUGUUGGGAGUGUUCUUCCUAAUAAACACACUUCAUGUC